GAAGGCCUUAAAUCAUGAACUUUCUAAACUUUUCAAUGACAUGUGGGAUAUGGAUGUUAACCGCCUUAUACCUGGGAAAGACUACACAAUUGAUUUGCAGGGAAAAGCAGGUGCCGCACAGCAAGGUGACAGUGCUGUCCAGGACAGCGCAGGCAGACAUCUGUUUCACAACGUAAAUGAAGAACGCCUGAAGAGCAUAAAAAGUUUUGCAACCUUUAUUUCCUUAUUGGACAACUAUGAGACAUCAACUGGCAUAGCAGAAGUAGUGACUCCAGAAGAAAUAGUUGAAAACAAUUCUUUUCUUGAUGCUAUCUUAGCAACAGAAGUCAUGAAACUAGCUCAUGAAUAUCUGCUUAAAAAAAAACUAGCAAAGCCAAACCUUGCUGAUUUCAAACACCAGCUCUAUGACAUCUGGUUCCAGCUCUAUGCCAGGAAAGAAGGAGACAGACCCGAUUCUUGCGGUUUUGAACAUGUUUUUGUUGGAGAAACAAGGCGUGGUAAACAGAUCUUAGGUUUGCACAACUGGGUGCAAUUUUACCUUCAGGAGAAGCGCAACCAAAUUGACUACAAGGGAUAUGUCACUCGGAAGAACAAAACCAGGCCUGAUGAAGAUGACCAAGUUUUGAGCAUCCAGUUCAGCUGGAAGGGCUUGGUCAAGCCAAUUGGAAGCACCUUUAUUGGUGUCAGCCCAGAGUUUGAAUUUGCCCUUUAUACUGUCAUCUUCCUGCUGGCUGAAGAAAAAGUCACACAUGAAACAGUGAAGAUAGAGGAAUACGAGCUACAGAUGGUUGUUUGCCGCCAUGGGCGCCACAUUGGAACAGCAUAUCCAGUACUCCUCAGCACCAGUAGUGAAGACCAGUAG